AAAGACAAUAUUAAUUAGUACACAUAAUAUGGAAGAGGCUGAUAUACUUGGCGAUAGAAUCGCGAUAGUGCAUGCAGGUCGUCUUAGAUGUUACGGCACUGCAAUGUUUCUGAAGAAACAAUAUGGUCACGGGCACAUAGAAGUUACAUUAUCGACAAAGUCGUGGUGCAUUCCUGGCCAAGUCAUAAGUAAAUUUGAUGCGCAAACUCAACAACUUUCCGUUGACAGUGAAAAAAUUAUUUUAAAUGUACCUUAUAACGAUGAUCUACCACAAUCACUGGAUAAAGUAGUAAGUCAAAAGAAAAACUUGGGAAUUACAGGAAUUAGCGUAUCGUUGAUUACUUUGGAACAAGUAUUUUUGAAGAUAGUAAAGAAAAAGGACAGUGGAACACAUCUUUAUGAAUUAUUUACAUCGCCAUUAGAGAAAAUUACAGGCAGCGCGCUAUUCAUACAAUCAAUAUUGGCAUUAUUCAGGAAAAAAUUUACAUAUACAAAAAAGAAUAUAAGUAAUUUGCUGGUGAUCUUAAUUCUUCCUAUCAUCGCAGUAUCUUUUAAUGGUUUAAGUUUUACUUUGCCAAAGGAUUCUACAGAUAUAAUUCCAUUACAACUUGACAUGUACAGACAUUCAAAAGCUUUCUAUUCUUCGAACGAAGAUACAAUGGGCCAGAAAUACAGAGAUACGAUUAAAUAUUUCGGCGGAAUAUCUGCAGAGCGCACAGCUCCAGAUAUAAAUGUUAUAAAUGCUCUUCUGAAUGUUUCUACGGAGAAUAUUGCGGAAUAUCGCAACAAUUUUAUCGUAUCUGCUGAAUUUAAUGCAACUGGAAAUGAAACAUUGGUUAAUGGAUUGUAUUCUGGUUUAGCAAUCCAUAGUGUGCCGCUAACAGUCAAUCUUUUGAGUAAUUCGUUUAUCAAAGCUUUUGCUGGCGACCAACAUUCGAUUCUUAUAUCUCGACAAGCAUUACCAAACACGCUUGCCUCGACUAGAAUACAAAUGCCAGGAGCGGAAUCGCUUUCGCGCGUUUUGAUAUUCUGUUCGUUCUUCUUCCCUACUGUGGCGCUUUUUGUAGUGCAUCCUUUACAGGAAACUGACAACGAAAGUUAA